UUUUAACAAUUUGAUCUUUACAGAUUUUAAAACUAAACCAUUUAUUGUAGAUAUUUAUUUCAUUUACUCUAAUCUCAUCAUGUCAGCGGAAAAAGAAUCUACUGGAAACGGCGAUUUUGUAGAACCGCCUGUAGAACCCAAACCAAACGACGAAGAAGAAAUGCCAAUGUCGGAAUCGGUAGCUACAAAUCCCCAGCCAGCAAGUACGGAGACCCAGGAAAUGUCACAGGGGUCGUCCAUGGCCAUGAAAACAUGGGAGAUGCAAAAUAACAUUGAAACUGUAAGCGCUGUGGAUGAGAUUUAUAAAUAUGACUAUCAAGGGCAACAAGACAUGCUGGCUGCUAAACCGUGGGUAAAAGACCCUCAUUAUUUUAAAAAUGUAAAAAUUUCUGCACUCGCUUUGCUUAAAAUGGUCAUGCAUGCUCGUUCUGGUGGUAAUUUAGAAGUAAUGGGCCUUAUGCUGGGUAAAGUGGAUGGGGAGAAUAUGAUUGUAAUGGAUGUAUUUGCUUUGCCUGUAGAAGGUACUGAAACAAGAGUCAAUGCCCAAGCAGCUGCAUACGAGUACAUGGCUGCUUAUAUUGACAGCGCAAAGCAGGUCGGACGAUUAGAAAAUGCCAUAGGAUGGUACCACAGCCACCCUGGGUAUGGCUGUUGGCUAAGUGGUAUAGAUGUUGGCACUCAGCUUUUAAACCAGCAAUUUCAAGAACCCUUUCUUGCUAUUGUGGUCGACCCAACUAGAACUAUCAGUGCUGGUAAAGUGAACAUUGGAGCGUUCAGAACCUACCCUAAAGGAUAUAAACCCCCAGAUGAUGGACCAGAUGAAUACCAAACUAUACCACUUAACAAAAUUGAAGAUUUUGGUGUCCACUGCAAGCAAUAUUACUCACUUGAUAUUUCAUAUUUUAAGUCCGUACUGGAUAAAAAGUUAUUAGAAAGCUUAUGGAAUAAAUACUGGGUGUCUACUCUCAGCUCAUCUAGUCUGUUAACCAAUGCUGAGUAUAUGACUGGGCAAGUAAAGGACCUUUCUGAAAAGCUGGAGCAAGCAGAAACUCAAGUAAAUCGGACAUCAAGUUACUCGUUCGAGGCCCAUGAGCGGAAAACUGAAGAUAAACUUACAAAAGCUGCAAAGGACAGUAAAAAAUUAACUAUCGAAGCAAUACAUGGGCUCAUGUCUCAGGUUAUAAAAGACAGACUUUUUAACCACAUGAAAACACCCCAAGAACAUGGUGCCACUAAUUAAGUUUUCAUUUAAAAUUGAAAAGUUCAAUUUGUAAAAUUUUCGCUGCUGUUUUGUUAUUCAAGUGUAAUUUAUCAAAACUCUGCAUGCAGUCCAAAGUUUGUAUUUAUUAAAAAAUUCAUUAUGCCAUACUGUUCUUUGCAUUAAAAUUAACUGCAAACUUUAUCCUUUACACCA